UCGCAACGUAUACCUGCAGGCUUUAUAUUUAUAAUAAUCCAUGAUCCGUCUCAACGUUCCCCGCAGAUCUGAAACCCAACUUCAAUGGAAUCCUCACCCCAAACCCACCUCCAUCUCCUUCUUCCUCACGUUCUCAUCUUCCCCAUUCCAGUCCAGGGCCAUGUCAACUCCAUGCUCCGCCUCGCCGAGCUCCUCUGCGCCGCCAAUCUCCGCGUCACCUUCCUCAUCUCGGACUUCGCCCUCGCCCGCCUCCAGGCCCACUCCAACGCCCAGUCGCGGCUCUCGCUCUACCCAGAUUUCUCCUUCACAACCAUCUCCGACGGCCUGCCGGCCGACCACCCUCGCGCCGGCGACCGCGCCAUGGAGGUGGUAAUGUCGCUGAGAGAGACGGGGAGAGCGAAGCUAAGGGAGAUAAUGAUGCGGCUGCUGCCGGUGACGUGCGUGAUCGGAGACGGCGGCUACAGCUUUGCGGCGGAUGUCGCUGACGAGUUUGGGAUUCCGUUCAUGUCCUUCCGGACCGUCGGGACUUGCUGCUUCUGGGCUCAUUUCUGUGUUCCGGACAUCAUCCAAGCUGGUGAACUUCCCUUCAAUGGAAGUAGCGACUAUGAAAUGGACUUACCGGUGACAACCGUGCCGGGAAUGGAAGGGUUUCUCCGGCGCCGGGAUCUGCCGGGCUUCUGCCGGACGGAAGACCCAAGCGAUCCCCUUCUGCAAUACAUCCAAUUCGAGACCAGGCAAAGCACUCGAGCCAAAGCAGUGAUCCUCAACACAUUCGAAGACCUCGAAGGCCCCAUCCUGUCCCAAACCCGCUCCCAAAUCCCCAACCUCUUCACCAUCGGCCCGCUCCACUCCCACCUAAAAGCGCGCCUCGACGGCGCCGCCACGCCGCAAUCUUCCACCAGCUUCUGGGAGGAGGACUGGAGCUGCAUGAAAUGGCUCGACGCCCAGCCGCCAAAAUCCGUGCUCUACGUCAGCUUCGGGAGCAUAACGGUGCUGACGAAGGACCAGUUCAUGGAGUUCUGGCACGGGCUGGUGAACAGCCGGCAGCGGUUUCUAUGGGUCAUUCGGCCGGAAUCCGUGAGCGGCGGUGGGCAAGGGAAUAUUCCGGCGGAGCUCUUGGAGGGGACGAGGGAAAGAGGGUGCAUGGUGGGGUGGGCGCCGCAGGAGGCGGUGCUGAGCCACCAGGCCGUUGGAGGGUUUUGGACUCACAGUGGCUGGAACUCGACUAUGGAGAGCAUCGCCGCCGGCGUGCCCAUGAUCUGCUGGCCGUACUUCGCCGACCAGAUGAUUAACAGUAGGUUUGUGGGCGAGGUCUGGAAGCUGGGCCUAGACAUGAAGGAUUUGUGCGACAGGGAGGUGGUGGAGAAGAUGAUCAGAGAUUUGAUGGAGGUGAGGAAGGAAGAGUUCGUGGAGUCUGCGAAUCGAAUGGCGGAAUUGGCCAGAAAAGCCAUCGGAGACGGCGGUUCUUCGUUCCGGAACUUGGAUCGUCUGGUUGAGGCCAUAAGAUCCUUGGCAUUUCGAGCCUAAUUCACUAACAUAAUCUGUAAUAGGAAUAAAGUUGAUUGGAUAAUAUGAUCUUUAAUGUCUCCAAUUAGAAGAAGGCCUGAAGCUCAUUUGCUUAAUUAAUGAGGAACAGGGCUUGCUUGGGAGUGGAAUUUAUCCUCUUAGGACCAUAAUUGAGGUGUUGUGUUUGAUAGAAUUAUAAAAUGAUAAUGCAAUUUAUGGAUUUACCAAAUCACAAAUAG